CAUAGACGCUGCACGUCCGCAGGACGAGAUCACAGACGGCCCGCCGAUCUGCACAAUUCAUUAUCGAUCUGCUUCUUUUAUUUAUUCUUGAUCUUCCUAAAUUUCCCCUUUUCAUUUUUAAUGACACCUGCUUUGCUCAGAGCAGCUCAAAUGGUUUUUGGAUCGAGAUAACUCGCCGUGAUUUGUCUCUGCAACAUGAAACGGUGGACAAUCCAAACUUUAUUGCGGUCGCUUCUGUGUGUCAGUAUUUGGCCAACCUGUUGGUGUGCUGACGGGAAAUAUGCUCAGAAGCUCCUGAAGGAUUUAUUCACCAACUACACUAGUGCACUGAGGCCUGUGGAGGACACAAACACCAUUCUGAACGUGACACUGCAGGUUACACUGUCACAAAUUAUCGACAUGGAUGAACGAAACCAAAUUUUGACUGCAUACUUAUGGAUACGACAAGUGUGGGUUGAUGCACACCUCAAAUGGAAAAAAGAUGAUUACGAUGGACUCGAUACCAUCCGCAUACCUAGUAGUUAUGUAUGGAGACCUGAUAUAGUCCUAUAUAACAAUGCGGACGAUCAUUUCACUGGCUCCAUGGACACCAAUGUGGUGAUCAGCCACGACGGCCAGAUCAUGUGGGAUUCCCCAGCUAUCACCAAGAGCUCGUGCAAAGUGGAUGUGUCUUUCUUCCCCUUCGAUGCUCAGCAAUGCAGGUUCACCUACGGCUCCUGGACCUACAACGGAAACCAGCUGGAUAUCCUGAACGCCAUGGAGAGCGCUGACCUGGCUGACCUGGUGGAAAAUGUGGAGUGGGAGGUUCUGGGUAUGCCGGCGAAGAAGAACAUUAUUCAGUAUGGUUGCUGUGCUGACCCUUACCCGGAUGUGACCUAUACACUGAAACUGAAGAGAAAAGCUUCCUUUUAUGUCUUUAAUCUGCUUAUACCAUGUGUGAUGAUCUCGUUCCUGGCUCCGCUGGGCUUCUACCUGCCUGCCGACUCUGGAGAGAAGGUGUCUUUGGGAGUCACUGUGAUGUUGGCCCUCACCGUCUUUCAGCUGUUGGUUGCAGAGAUCAUGCCACCCUCCGAGAACGUACCUCUUAUUGGAAAGUAUUACAUUGCAACCAUGACCAUGAUCACAGCCUCCACUGCCCUGACCAUCUUCAUCAUGAACAUACACCACUGUGGCCCAGACGCCAAGCCUGUUCCCAAAUGGGCCAAGAAAGUCAUUCUGCAGUACAUGGCCAGAAUGUGCUUUGUUUAUGAAGUGGGGGAAAACUGCAUGUCGCCGCAGCAGGAGAAACAGGAGCCCCCACUUGUAAAGAACACAAACUGCAACGGUCAGGCAGCACCAGGCGGAGACGACGGCGUCUUCAAAAUGGAGAGGGGACAAGAGACAGAGACUGCAGAGGAGAGGGAAGACUUGGAUCAGAUGAUGAGUCCAAUAGGCUCAAUGGGGAGGAACCCUACAAACCACUACAGCACUUGGAAAAAUGGCAUUUUCAUGAGCAUGGAGUGCGCAGAUUCGGGGGGUCCGAGGAGAUGCAGGAAGCCAGGUGUGAGCGACGCAGAGAGAAAAGACAGGGAAGUUUCCUGCAACACGCAAAGCAACGAGAGGCAGCUGCUGCGUAACAUUGAGUACAUAGCCAACUGUUACAGGGACCAGAGGGCCACGCAGAAAAGGACUGGGGAGUGGAAGAAGGUCGCCAAAGUUUUAGAUCGCUUCUUCAUGUGGAUAUUUUUCAUAAUGGUGUUUUUCAUGAGCCUGCUCAUUAUGGGCAAAGUCAUCUAACUGCAGAACUGUUUGGUAUAUUUUAUCCGAAAUGUUAUUAACAUUUACAUUUCCAAAGCUCAUUCAGGAGGCCAUAUAACCCCCCACCCUACUGCAGUCCCAACUACAAGUAAAAUUAAAUCUUUGAUAAACAUUCAUCCUAAUGCUAUGUUAAGUUAUAGAACUCAGCCAUGAAAUAGGACGUUUACUGUUAAAUCAAUACAAUUUUCAACUGAUGGUAUUUCCACAAAUUUGAGCUUUUAUUUUGAAUAUAUUGUUUACUAAUUAGCUGUGUAGGAACUUUUAUUUUUUGUACCUGAAGUAACAAGUCAAGUGAUUCAUAAAGAUAUUCAUGAAGAGAUUCUAGAGAAACAGGAAAAGGUGACAAAUAAAAAUGAUAAACACUGCUGCUUCACAAAUUCUUCAUUUUUCAUUUAUUUUUAAUCUUUUAUAUUCA